CUCCAGAGCACAGUGGUAGUGGAGAAGUCCAUCCAGGACCUGAUGACUCUGAUGCAGGACCUGAGUGCCUACUCCAACCAGUUCCUGGAGAUGGUCUGUGACAAGCUGAAGGAGUACAAGGAGAUCUGCAAUACCGCAUACAGGGGCAUAGUCCAGUGUGAGGAGAAGCUGACCAUCAGUGCAUCGUGGUCUAAGGACGAGGACAUAAGCCGACUGCUCCAGUCUCUGCCCAACUGGGCUAACAUGGCCCAGCCCAGACAGCUCCGACAGAAGAGAGAGGAUGAAGAGGACUUCACCAGGGCGGCAUUUGCCAAGGAGUCAGAGGUGCUAACGGGUAACCUAGGUGACAAGCUGAUCCCGCAGAACGAGAUCCUGCGUGGCGUCAGUGACCUGAAGGCCCUGGCCAACCUGCAGGAGAGCAUGGAGUGGCUGGCCUCCAAACUCAAAGGCUUCUUCAUCAACCUGCCCCACGCUGCCAGUGGGUCUCCAGGCUCUGACCCCCAGGUGACCAAUGAGAGUGUCCGCAGCAGGGACCAGAUCCUCCAGACUCUGACUGACCUGUCCAGGGCCUUCCAGGACAUCGCUGACCGCUGUCUGCUGGUCCUCCACCUGGAGGUCAGAGUGCAUUGUUUCCACUACCUGAUUCCUCUGGCCAAGCAGGGGAACUAUGCCAUAGUGGCCAACGUGGAGAGCAUGGACUACGACCCCUUGGUGGUCAAACUCAACAAGGAUAUCAGCGCCAUCGAGGAGGUGAUGGGCGCCGCAUUGCAGCAGCACAAGUUCCAGUACAUCUUUGAAGGUCUUGGCCACCUGAUCUCCUGUAUUCUGAUCAAUGGAGCCCAGUACUUUAAGAGGAUCAGUGAGUCUGGCAUCAAGAAGAUGUGUAGGAACAUCUUUGUCCUGCAGCAGAACCUCACCAACAUCACCAUGUCUAGAGAAGCCGACCUCGACUUCGCUAGGCAGUACUAUGAGAUGCUGUACAACGCGGCAGACGAGCUGCUCAACCUGGUGGUGGACCAGGGCGUUCGCUACACAGAGCUGGAGUACAUCCAUGCCCUCAGCCUGCUGCAGAGGAGCCAGACGGGCGUGGGAGACCUGAGCACGCAGAACGUCCGGCUGCAGCGCCUCAAGGAGAUCAUCUGCGAGCAGGCAGCCUUUAAGCAGGCCAUCAAGGAUAAGAAGAUCACUACUGUUUGAGAGGGGGGACAUUGGGGGACUGUUGUUGGCAAUGGCCUUUCUGCAUUACUGUCCAGUGUUUCUCAACCUCCUGUCUGUUAAAGGGGUUUAGAUUAAAGCAUUACUGUCCUAGUACAGAUGUCCUGGAGCAGUGUUUCUCAACCUCCUGUCUAGAAAAAGGGUUUUGAUUAAAGCUAGUAUUUUAGAGCUGACUAAACAGUGUCAGCUAACCAGCUGAGGGACUAGUCAGCACCUUCUCAGGAACUGGUGUCGAACUGGGUUUGUAAAACUGGGUUUGUCCUUAUUAGAGUGCUAUUGCAGUCCAUAAAUAAACCAUGUAAUAUGUUUUAGGGGUUGAGAUAAUGCUGGUAGGCUGUAAAUUGAGUAGUUACUGAUUUAAGGUUUAAACUUUGUUACCAAUAUGCAUCUGUUGUUGUAACUCAUCUGCUUAUUCACUGGCAAGAAUGCAGCCAGUUCCUCAAGAAAAAACAUACACACAUAC